CCACAAUUUGCAUCCUUCUUCUCUUUUUGUUAUCUCCCUUCAGCGCUGAACUUCGAGAACAUGGUGGAGACAGGCUCCGAGACGGAGGAGGAGGACAAGCUGGCUGUGGAGGUGGAGGAGGAUGCCUUGCUCAACGGCACGGGCAGCCCGGCCAGCCUCACCCACCCUGACGCCUCGCCGGAGGCCGAGAGCAGCGGCUCGCACACAAAGGAGGAAGAGGAGGACGACGAAGACGAGAUGAGGGACAGCGGCGUUGAGCACAUCUGGCAGGACAGCGACAUGCUGAGCGCCUCCGUGGAUGGCACAGAUGAGAUGAAAGAUGAUUUUGAUACACUGGGGCCCGAUGCCACUCUGCACUCAGUUGGAAACGGUCUAGCCAAGAGUGUGGACUGCACCUCGGAGUUCGAGGAGUACUUCUCCAAGAGGAAGAUGGCCAGCGACAGCGAGAGCCACGUGGUCAGCAUCGCCGAGUACCUCCAGCGCGGGGACACCGCCAUCAUCUACCCGGAGGCCCCUGAGGAGCUGUCCCGCCUGGGCACGCCAGAGGCCAACGGCCCCGAGGAGAACGACCUCCCGCCCGGGACGCCGGACGCCUUCGCCCAGCUGCUGACCUGCCCCUACUGCGACCGGGGCUACAAGAGGCUGACAUCCCUCAAGGAGCACAUCAAGUACCGCCACGAGAAGAACGAGGAGAACUUUGCCUGCCCACUGUGCAACUACACCUUCGCCUACCGCACACAGCUGGAGCGCCACAUGGCCACGCACAAGCCCGCCCGAGACCAGCACCAACUGCUCAACCAAGGGGCUGGCAACCGCAAGUUCAAAUGCACAGAGUGUGGCAAGGCCUUCAAGUACAAACACCAUCUGAAGGAACACCUCCGGAUUCAUAGCGGCGAAAAACCCUAUGAAUGCCCCAACUGCAAGAAGAGGUUCUCUCACUCCGGCUCCUACAGCUCCCACAUCAGCAGCAAGAAGUGCAUCGGUCUGAUAGCGGUCAACGGCAGGAUGCGCAACAACAUGAAAACAGGCUCUUCCCCGACCUCCACCUCCUCCUCACCCACCAACACUGCCAUCACCCAACUCCGGCAGAAGCUGGAGAACUGCAAGCCCCUGAGCCUCCAGGACCACAACAACCACCUGAGCAUCAAGACGGAGCCGAUCGACUUCAACGACUACAAGCUGAUGAUGGCCGCCCACGGCUUCGGCGGUCCGGGCUCCUUUAUGAACGGAGGGGGCAUGGGAGGGGGUAACAGCCCGGUUGGGAUGCAUCACAACUCGACGGCUCAGAGCCCCCUGCAGCACCUGGGCAUGGGCGGACUGGAGUCGCAGCUCCUGGGCUACCCGGGUUCCCUGGGGAAUAACCUGAACGAGGUGCAGAGGGUCCUGCAGAUCGUGGACAACACUGUGUGCCGGCAGAAGAUGGACUGCAAGCCCGAGGAGCUGUCUAAGCUGAAGGCCUACAUGAAGGAGUUGGGCUCGCAGAUCGAGGAGCAGAAACAGGGCCUGCUGUCACCCGGGUGCCCCCCGGUGGGUCUGCCGGUGGUCAACCACAACGGAGCCACCAAAAGCAUCAUCGACUACACAUUAGAGAAAGUGAACGAAGCCAAAGCUUGCCUCCAGAGCUUGACCACAGACUCAAAGAGACAGAUCAGUAAUAUCAAGCGAGAGAAGUCCAACCAGAUGCUUGAAGGCGGCAUGGAGGAGAAAAUGCAGGAAAAUAAUAUGUUUACACCCUUCACUUGCCAAUACUGCAAAGAAACCUUCCCCGGUCCGAUACCGUUACAUCAACACGAACGUUAUCUUUGUAAAAUGAACGAGGAAAUCAAGGCGGUCCUGCAACCUAGCGAGAACCUGAUGAUCACCAAGCCCGUGAUGUUCAUGGAGAAGAACGGCCACCUACUGUCGUCCAUGUUGUCCGAGAAGGCCCUGAACGGUCCCAUCAACCCGUACAAGGACCACAUGUCUGUGCUGAAGGCGUACUUUGCCAUGAACAUGGAGCCAAACUCCGAAGAGCUGCUCAAGAUAUCCAUCGCGGUCGGGCUCCCUCUGGAAUUUGUCAAGGAGUGGUUCGACCAGCGUAAAAUGUAUCAGUAUGGCAGCACGAGGGCCGCGCCGCUAGAACACCGAAACAACUCGGACAUGCAGGUGGGAGUAAACAACCACCAGACAAUGCCAAAGGACUCCAUGGUAGCCAGGUCACCGCUGUCGCUGGUUAAACCGGACGACCGCAUCACGUCCCCCUCGUACGGGGAGCAUCACAACAACAACAACAACUGUGACAACGCACUUAGACACUUGAGAAAUGGCCACCAGUUCAUCAACAGUGCCAAACCCAUGGGGGAGAAACGGGGCCACUCUCGCAGCAACACUCCCUCCCCACUGAACCUGUCCUCGGCCUCCUCCAAAAACUCUCACAGCAGCUCCUACACUCCAAACAGCCUGACUUCAGAGGAUCUGCAGGCCGAGCCGUUGGAUCUGUCCCUGCCCAGGCUGAUGAAGGAGCCUAAGCAUGCACUGACGGCCCGGAGCAGACCCAAAGUGAACAGCAUCACCAUGGACCACAACAGCCUCCCAUCUCCUCCGCAGCACUUCCAGGAGCCCUUGAACCUGGCUUAUCUGAAGAAGGACUUCUCGGGCUCCACCAACAACAACGUCAGUCUGGAAAAGAGCACUAGCCCCAUUUUCGGCAUGAACCCCUUCGCCGCAAAGCCCAUGUACACAUCGCUGCCACCCCAGAGCACUUUCCCUCAGGCCACGUUCAUGCCCCCCAUGCAGGCAGGCAUACCAGGUCUCCGGCAUUACCCGGGCAUGGAACAAAUGGGAUUCUUACCGCACAUGGCCUACACUUACACAACGGGGGCAACGACGUUCGCAGAGAUGCAGCAGAGGAGGAAAUACCAGCGAAAACCAGGUUUCCAGGGGGACAUGCUCGACGGACCGCCCGAUUACUUGUCCGGCCUUGAGGACAUGACAGACCCUGACUCCUGUCUGUCACGGAAGAAGAUGAAGAAGACUGAAAGUGGUAUGUACGCGUGUGACUUGUGCGACAAAACAUUCCAGAAGAGCAGUUCCCUUCUAAGACACAAAUAUGAACACACAGGCAAGCGACCACACCAGUGUCAGAUCUGCAAGAAAGCCUUCAAACACAAGCACCAUCUCAUCGAGCACUCGCGCCUGCACUCGGGGGAGAAGCCCUACCAGUGCGACAAGUGCGGCAAGCGCUUCUCCCACUCGGGCUCGUACUCGCAGCACAUGAACCACCGCUACUCCUACUGUAAGCGGGAGGCGGAGGAGCGGGAGGCGGCCGAGAGGGAGGCCCGCGACAAGGGUCACCUGGAGCCGACUGAGAUGCUGAUGAACCGGGCCUACCUCCAGGGGCUGACCCCGCAGGGCCUGACCCCGCAGGGCCUGACCCCGCAGGGCAUGACCCCGCAGGGGAUGACCGCACAGGGGUACCCUGACCUGGGGGAGCGCCAGGCCAUGCUGAGGCACGAGGGCCUGAACGGAGGAGGGGGAGGAGGUGGAGGAGGAGGUGGUGGAGGAUUAGGAUUAGGAGGCGGAGGAGUAGUGAUCAGAGACGGACGCAAGGAUGUGGACGGAACGUAUGAGCGGAUGAAGAUGAUCGGCCGGAGGGAGGUGGAGUUUGGCGAGGAGGAGGAGGAAGAGGAGGAGAGGAAGAGCAUGGACACGGAUCGGGACACGCUGAGGGACGAGGAGGAGAACGGCGAGCACUCCAUGGACGACAGCUCACUUGACGGCAAGACGGAAACUAAGUCGGACCGCGAGGACGCCAUGAUGGAGGACGGCAUGUAA